CCGAACCGCUCCGGGGCGGAGGGCGCAACGCCGAGCUCCUCUCGGUACUGUGACGAGGAGGGAGAAAGAGACUAGGAUGCACAGAUUGGCCUGGGCACAUGUGUCUAAAGAUCCUAGGAUUGCUGCAGGUCAACAGUCCCCACUGGAGAAACAGAUCUUGAAUCUAGGUGGUGUGCAUACAACAGCAGCAAGACAGUUGAUAACUCAAAAAUGCCAAGAGGAGCAUGAAACACUUUGUAAGGAGCAAGCUGUUUCUCUUGACUACUGGCUUGCCAGAGCAGAAUCUUACUAUAAUGAAAGAAUGUUGGAAAUGAUGACAGCAGAGAAGGGCACGGAAUUAAAGACAGAAGUGAAGAAUAGAGGAACAAAAGAAAGAAUAGAGGAACCAAAACAAUACUGCUGGUUACCCAAGAGAGACAGGAAACAGAUAGAAAGGCACAUACAUGGAACAGAACAGGCUAAAGAAUUUAAGAACAAAAUUUGUAGACAACCACAACCCCCCAGUGAAACAACAUUACCCAAAAUUGUGCCAGAAAAGCCUUGCGUCCCAAAAUCGCAAAGAAGAAAACAAGUAAAUGAGAGAGAACAGAGACAAAUUAAAGAUCAUCAGGAGCGAAUGACCCGAGGGAGAGAGAUUAUAGAGGAAAAACUCAAGGACCGAAUCUUGAGAAAAAGUCAAGAACAGCUACCUACACCUGAGAAGUGCAAGAGAGUAAAGAAAGACAUUAAAGAGUUUGAAAGAGUCAUUGUAUAUCCACUUUACCAGCCGUCCAAUAGAAGUUUGAUUAAAGUGAAUAUUCUUAUGGAAAAGUCUGAGAAUAGAGAGGAAGUGAAUAUAGAUUUAAAAUCAUGUGAAAGAAAAUUCUUAGCUGUGCCACCCUUUAUGAGAAGUCAAAUAAGACAAAUAAAAAAUUAGUUAAGUUUCA